UAUAAAAAGCCAUUAUCAAUAGAGCUCAGAUAUUAGGAGUCACCAUGGCAACAGCGUCAGACAAAAAAAGGUGUGCAUAUUUCUCACCAGCGGAACUGGAUGUGCUAAUGCAAGCAUAUGCAGAAUUUGAACAUGUAUUUAUUACGCGGCGAAGGAGAGAGAGUUAGCUUGGGAGAAAAUAGCUGCUCGAGUCAAUGCGUAAGUUUACAUUUUAAUUACUUUUAUACACUGUUGGGUGUAAUGAAUGAAGUUACUAAGUCAUCUAAAUACUGUAAUUAAAUUAAAGACUAUAAAACAAUUGUGUAUAAAACAAUAGUGGAUGUAAUAUCAAAUUUUAAAAGGUAUAUUUUUAAUUUAACUUUCUCCCUCUAGUUACACAGUUUGAUCAAUUUAAGAAUAAUUUAUGCAAUUGUAUAUUGUUUAUUUGAAAGCAUUAGAAGUGCAGUUUCUUGUCUCUCCUUGUAUUGUUCAAGUGGUUUAGGUUAAUUUGGGCUUUAGAAAGAAAUUAAUAAGUAAGUAAAACAAAUUAGGAAGUAGACCACUUUCUAGAGAUAGUAAUUAUUACAUUAAUCUAAUUAGACUUUUUGAAGGUAAAAUUUAUAGUUAGUAAUUAAGAACUAUUUUAGAGUAACUUACCCAACUGUUAUAAUAUCAGAGGUGAAACUGAAAGAACAGAUUUUAUUAAACCUAAUUUAAUUUUCAUGGAUAGGUGCAAUCCUGCAGGCAUAAAAAGAACAUGGCAGCAGCUGAAAAUGAAAUACAAAAACAUACUUCAAGCAGCCAACAGAAAGAAGGCAGAGGCUCGCAAAACAGGGGGAGGACCUGCACCACCACCUCUGUCAAAUGCAGAAGAGAUGGCCCUGAGCCUAAAUGCUGGAAGGCCAAUGGCUGAGGGAAUACCUGGAGGGACUUCGUCAGAGCCAGUCACUCCAGAAGACUUAAGUGCAUUAAUAAUAUAUUCUGAUGGUAAUAUCUGCCUCUUGGAGCCUCCUGUCCCAAUAGUACCCUAUACAGUUGAUGAUGGGGAUGAAGAAACCAUUUCUGCUACCACAGACAGGCCUACAGAGAGUGUGGAAGAACAGCAGGAGGAAGGUCCAUCAACUUCUGGUGCACAGAUGAACACAUUGCCAGUUAAGGAGUUAUAUAGACUUCUUCUUAUUAAAAAGAUAGAAAAAAACAGCAAAGAAGUUGUAUACUUGGACCGCCAGAUCCAAAAGGCAGAUCUGGAAAUUGACAUUCUGAAACUAAAGCUAGAGGUGAGUGUAUGGUCACAGGUGCAUUCUAGGAAGUAUUGUAACUAUUUUAAAAUCUUUUUUUCUUUUUUCUUUUUAGCAAAUGAAGAACACCAUAUAAAUUGCUGUGAUUUUGUUUAUUAAUUAUUUUAUUUUGUGGUUGCAUUUCUAUGAAAUAAAGAACACCAUAAAUUGCUGUG